GAUCUCAAUGGCUCCCACUACCAGAUACUGGACGCAUCGCCAACACCUCUUGAGUUCUCGCGGAUCGUCCACAUUGGACGACCUGCUCUCAUACGGAGUAAGGCUUGCGAAAUCCCCGAGGGGAUGUCUCGUUGGACAGACCGCUACCUCAUUGAGCGUAUGGGAGAGAGAAAAAUCUCAAUUGCGGUCACUCCCACGGGGCGGGCAGAUGCCAUAACUCAAGGACCUGAUGGUCGUCUAUUCUUCGCCGAGCCUCACGUGGAGACAAUGACUAUGGGCCGCUUUCUGGAAAUGUUACACAAUGUGCAUUAUCUCCAAUCGCAGAAUGGGAAUUUGUAUACCGCGCGCUACUACGACUCUGUCGGUGACUCAGACCCCUCAGAAUUUGAACCAUUGCGUGGCGACGUGCCAUCGGAAGUACCGUGGUGCAGCGAAGCACUCGACCGGUCACCGGAUGCUGUUAACCUGUGGAUAGGCAACAGUGCAAGUGUCACUAGUAUUCACAGUGACCCUUACGAGAACAUCUAUUCGGUAGUGCGCGGCAAAAAGCACUUCACUCUGUUACCACCGACAGAAGGAUGGCGCCUGCAGGGUUCGUUCAGUAGAAGUCAUUGA